AUGCGCAUCCCUCCAAACUCCCCAAAGGCUCAGAUGAUGCAAGACCUGUACCGACUCCCUUCCCGUCCCGGGCGCAGGCACUGGCCGAAGACUAUGAAAGCCGCUGUCGCAUCAUACAAAUCUGCAUCUCAUACCUCUCCCAACCAAAUGGGUCAGUCGCUCGGAUCAUAUGUCUUUGAUGCAUCGGUCUCCACUCUGCCAGGUGGCCGCUCCUGCACCUGCGCGCACUACCAUUUUUCAGCCACUUCCCAUCUUUACGACCUCAACCCAAAUGAAACUGUCGUCGACACAAUUUGA